UUUUUUUUUUCUUCUUUCAGUUUCAACCUUUUUUUUCUACCCAUAGAAUGGGUUGCAGGCUAAAAUCAGUAGAGAAUUUGGAUCCUGUGAGAAAAAGAAGUGGUGGACUGAGAACUAAACAGGCAGGGCGUGGGUCUUGCAGGGGGAGUUAGUUUCUUUAAUCUGUAAUUUUUUAGCUGAGAAAAUUUGAAAGUGAAUAAACAAAAGAAUAGUGCAAAAAUGGGGUAUUUGCUGAAAGAGGUUUUAAAGACUCUGUGUGGAGUCAACCAAUGGUCUUAUGCUGUUUACUGGAAGAUCGGUUGCCAGAACACAAAGCUUUUAAUUUGGGAAGAAUCCUAUUAUGAACCUUCAACAUUCUCCGGAAUUCAUGGAAUUUCGGGGGUUGAGAAUCCGGAAUUAUCAUUCCAUGAUUGGGGCGUUUGCUGGGGUUCGGGGGAGGUACGUAAUCCUCAGCUUAUGAAUCAAGCAGGGGAGAGAGUGCAUUUGCUUGUAAACAAAAUGAUGAUGGAAAGUCAAAUCAAUAUAGUAGGAGAAGGACUAGUCGGACGGGCUGCAGUUACUGGGAGUCAUCAGUGGUUUCAUUCAGAGGGUUUUAGUAGAGUAGUUCAUCCACCAGAGGUCCUGAAAGAGCUCACGGGACAAUAUUCUGCUGGCAUCCAGACAAUUGCAGUUGUUCCUGUUCUUCCUCAUGGUGUCGUCCAAUUUGGAUCAUGCUUGCAUAUAAUGGAGAGCACGAGUUUUGUGGAGGAUGUGAGGAUACUGAUAAGUCAACUAGGAUGUGUCCCUGGUGUCUUGCUAUCCGAUGAAAAUGCAACGAAAGAUCCGAUGGUGAAUACUGGCACGCCAGUUUAUCUGGGAAGUUCAAGUCUUGUAGAUUCUUGUGUGAGCACAAACGUAAUGAACUCUGCUCCAGUUAUUGCUAGCUGCAGUUAUCAGGGCAACUCAAGUCAGACUGAUGGUUUUAUUUGUCAAACUUCUUCCUCUAUGGCUGCACAAGUUCGGGAUAGAAUAAUGCAGUCUACCGAUGCAACAUUUCCAGCGUCCAAUAUGACCCAAUGUUUUGUUGAAUCUCAUGAUGAUCGUCAGUUUCACAAGAAAAUUAUUCCAGAGGUGAAAGCACAUCUGUCUCCUAAUAGCCAGCUAAUAAAUAACGUGAUUAAAGCGGAGGUAAUUUCUCCAAGCUCUAACAUGUGGAUGAGUCAACAAGCUCCUUCACACAUUCCGAGGCCUCCCUUUCAUCAGCAAUCUUUUACUGACUCAUUAACUGUAGAUAGCGGCAGCUUAAGCAAUGUAUCCCAGCUUAAUGGUUUCACUGCAUCUGAUCCAAGACCCAAUGAUGUCCUGAUCUCUAGUUGUCAUGGAAAUUCAAUUUCUCCAUCCACUGGAGAAAAUGAACUAUGUAAACGAGGGGAUGGGCAUCACCGAUCAAUUCCAUGCCCCAAUUCUACUGUUGAUGCCAAUGGACUAUCAAACAUAAUCAGUUCUUGCACAAAGUCGGCUGGAAAUGGGCUUCAAACCACGUCAAAAUUAAAUGUUGGUGAUGAUUUGAUAACUCGUAAUAUUUCUGAUGGUCUGAAUGCACAAUUUAUGUGGGAUGAGAGUAAUGGAAUAGUCGAAAAUGAUUUGUUUCAAGCACUUGGAAUUAUGCUAACACAGAAUGAGCAUCCAUGUAGUACAAGCAAGUCGAUGCAAGAGGUUUGUGGUGAAAAACAUGAAUAUGUGGGGCAGAGUGCAUUACUUGAAAACAACAAGUAUGAAGAUUCCUGUGUCCAACGUCACUCGGGGGAUGACCUGUUUGAUGUUCUGGGUGCUGAUUUUAAAAAUAAACUAUUCAAUGGAAGCAGGAACAGUUAUCAAAGUAAUGGACCAGACUCAAACACAUGGGAUCGGGUUAAGAGUAACUCUACUUCUGUGAUUAGUCAGCAUGCUUCUUCGAUAGUCAAUCAAGGAAAAUCAGAUAGUGGAUCAUUCUUCGUGGCUGGUUUUGAGCGUCUUUUGGACUCUAUAGCGUCCAAGCCUUCUGCCAAGCAGAAUCUGGAUGAUGAUGUUUCUUGUCGGACAACGUUGACAAAUUUGAGUAGCUCCUCUGCUCCAAAUAUCUCAUCGUCCUAUGGCCGAGCUGGUUUCUCGAGUCAAAUUCAAGGAGAUGUAUUUGGGAAACCCAAGAACCUUGCAAAAUCAGGAACAACAGUUUCUCGGUCAUUUAGAUCCGAUAAAGAAAAGACAGGAGCUUAUUCGCAGAGUAGUUCAAUUUAUGGGUCACAAAUUAGUUCAUGGGUGGAACAAGGUCGUGAUACAAAGCCAACUAGCAGUGUUUCUACUGGAUAUUCUAAGAAGCCUGAUGAGACGAGCAAGACCGGUCGCAAAAGGCUUAAACCAGGAGAGAAUCCUAGACCUAGGCCAAAAGAUCGGCAAAUGAUCCAAGAUCGUGUGAAAGAACUGCGAGAAAUUGUUCCAAAUGGAGCAAAGUGUAGCAUUGAUGCACUAUUGGAACGCACGAUCAAGCACAUGCUUUUCUUGCAGAGCGUCACAAAACAUGCGGACAAAUUAAAACAGACUGGAGAGUCAAAGAUUAUCAGCAAGGAAGGAGGAUUGCUUUUAAAAGAUAAUUUUGAAGGAGGAGCGACGUGGGCAUAUGAAGUUGGUUCACAGUCUAUGGUCUGCCCGAUCAUAGUUGAGGAUCUGAAUCAACCUCGUCAAAUGCUCGUGGAGGUCAGGACAUCUAUAAAUUAUGAAUUUUUGACUCUUCUGUGGACUCAUUCAUUUAUUUCAGCUGAGUUGGUUUGCUUUCUGCAGAUGCUUUGUGAAGAACGCGGUCUAUUUCUGGAAAUAGCCGACAUAAUAAGAGGAUUGGGCUUGACCAUCUUAAAAGGGGUUAUGGAAACGAGGAACGACAAAAUAUGGGCGAGGUUUGCCGUAGAGGCAAAUAGAGACGUGACGAGGAUGGAGAUAUUCAUCUCACUUGUUCGCCUCUUGGAGCAAACAUCAAAAGGCGCAGAGGAAUCUGCUAAGGCCAUUGAUAACGACACAGCAAUGAUGCAUUCGUAUCACCAAGCAGCGUCUAUACCAGCAACAGGUAGACCUUGUACUUAACAAUGCUCAACAGAUGAGAGACUGUGAUCUUUGUCUGGACGUGUUGAGAGCGAGCAAUCAACCAUGCUUGCCAUGACUAACAUUGUACACUUAGGCUGACCCUCGUGGUUUUUCUCAAAGCUAAUCCUCAUUUUUCGCCACAAUAUCCAGAUUCUCGACGUGCCAAGCCUUUUAGUCCCCUCUCAGGAUUGCUUUUGUAGAAUGGCGAUUCAUCGUUCGGGCUAGUUUUUUUUUUUUUUUUUGGCUCUUGCCCUUUGAAGUACUAUAAUUUUGAUUUGGUACAAGGAGAAGGGAAAUGGUUUUUAUUAUUGUAUAGAAAAAGGUGGAGGGUAAUAGGAAGUAAGCUUAGGGGUGUUUAUUUUAGCUAAUAUUUGUCUAGUUAAACUGUUUUUUCUGGCUUUAAUUAUGUGUUUUUUGCCAGCUGAAAUAUUCUUGUUUGCAUUAUUAUUU